AUGAAAAUAACCUUGUUUGCCAUCUUUUCUGUAAAUGCCCAAGAAGACUCAGAAUCAGCAUCUUCACCAGUUGUGCCGCGAUUUCCAAUCAUCGCAGGAUCUCGACUAUCGCGUAAAUUCGUCGACUUUCGAAACAUGUGGCGAGAGUAUGGAUACACUCAGCAGCAGCUCACAAGUCUAUACGGUUACGGCUGCUACUGCCUGAACUUGGGCGGCAGUCCGAUGAGCGGCCUUGGCGAGCUCAACGGAUCGAAGCCAAUGGACGAAAUCGACCGAACUUGCUUCCACUGGACUCGGUGCAACCGCUGCGCUGCGAUCGACUACGGCGAGCAGUGCAGGGCCGAGGACAAGAGCUACAACUUCGAGAUCGACCCUGUUACCAAGGAAAUCACUUGCAAAGACAAAAAGAACAGCUGCAAAUGGGCGAUCUGCGAGUGCGACAAAGAUCAGGUGAUUUCGAUGAAACAGUUCGUCGACCAAAUGACUCCGGACAGCCCAAUGCUCGCUCACAACGGAUUCGAUACGGAGGCACAGUGCCAGAAGAGAGAAGUUUCGAGGAUGGAAUCAGCGUCGCGAAAACAGUGCUGCGGCGAGUUCCCAAAGCGGCUACCAUUCAACGAGAACCUGAAGCAAUGCUGCGAUGGAAAAGUCAAGAGCCACGGAUCCUGCAUCUAG